AUUUCUCUUCUAAAUCGCCCACCACAACCCAAACACACGUUCACUAUUGGUUGCGACUCAGGCGCAUAGACAUAUACAAGAGUCGCCCAACAUGAAUCUACCCUCCUCCCUCAUACCAGCACGACCUGCUCUCGCACACAGAGCCGAGGAAAACAGAACGAUGCACCACGAAGCCGACGUGGUAAUUGUGGGCGCUGGCAUUUUUGGAUGCGCAGUCGCAUGGGCGCUUGGGAACCAGGGAAGAAGUGUCAUACUGCUGGAAAGAUCGCUGAAGGAGCCCGAUCGCAUUGUGGGAGAAUUGCUGCAGCCAGGGGGCGUGCAGGCUUUACAGACGUUGGGACUGAGAGACUGUCUUGAAGGCAUUGAUGCGAUCAAGGUGUUCGGCUACGAUGUGAUAUACUAUGGCGACGAAGUGCGGAUAUCGUAUCCUAUGAACGCGAGCGACACACCGGAAGUGGACGAGAAGACGAGCCUCACAGACGAAUACCGAGGGACGAAGAGGAAGCGACCAGAAGGACGAUCCUUUCACCACGGACGCUUCAUCCAAAACCUGCGAGCGAAAGCGAAGUCGAACCCCAACGUGACCGUCGUCGAAGCAACGGCUACAGACCUUAUUCGAGGCGAAUACACGGGGGACAUCCUGGGAGUGCAGGCCACGCGAAACGGCGAAGCAGAUUCAUACUUUGGAAGUCUGACCAUCGUUGCUGAUGGGUAUGCGAGCAAAUUCAGGAAAGAGUUCAGAUCCGAUGCGCCCGUGGCCAAAUCAAAAUUCUGGGCUCUCGAGCUCAUCGAUGCGGAUUUGCCCAUGCCGAAUCACGGGCAUGUUCUUCUGGGAGAUGGCAAACCAGUUCUAUUGUACCAGAUCGGCACACAUGAAACACGAGCUUUGAUUGAUAUCCCGAACGACUUGCCCUCGGCAAGCGUCCAGAACGGCGGGGUCAAAGGGCAUCUGAAGAAUGUUGUGCUCCCGUCAUUGCCCAAGCGGGUGCAGCCUUCAUUCGCAGCAGCAAUUGAGAAGGACAGGUUACGAUCAAUGCCAAACUCAUGGCUACCGCCAACAACAAACAAGACUCCAGGCCUUCUCAUUCUCGGCGAUGCAAUGAAUAUGCGACAUCCCCUCACCGGUGGUGGCAUGACGGUCGCCUUCAACGACGCCGUACUUCUCUCGGAACUGCUUGCACCGGAAGUCGUCCCAGAUCUGAGUGACAGCAAACUCAUCCUCCAACAGAUGCGAACCUUCCACUGGAGACGAAAGAGCUUGACAAGCGUGAUUAACAUCCUCGCGCAAGCACUUUACGCUCUUUUCGGCGCAGAUGAUGCACAACUCAAGGCCCUCCAGAUGGGUUGCUUCCACUACUUCAAGCUCGGAGGAAAUUGCAUUGAUGGACCUGUGGGACUUCUGGCUGGCAUCAUCCGACAGCCCUUCGUCCUGUUCUACCACUUUUUCGCCGUGGCAUUAUACGCCAUCUGGAUCUACAUCACGAGCGGCAAUCCUCUGCUUAUUCCGCUUCGAGCUGUUGCGAGCAUUGGCGUGUUCUGGAAAGCUUGUGUUGUCAUCUUCCCAUAUAUUUUCAGCGAAUUGAGGCCAUGAGGAACCAGACAUGUGGGCCAUCCAGAUCAGAUUAGCGCAUCGCGAGCAGCAUUAAAGAGAUGUAAUAUUACGAUAGAAGGACUUUUCAGGUGUACAGAUUGUGUAAAUAGUCAUAAUUCGAGAUACCCUUUUCAUGAGAAUCAUAGCGUCGUGCCAUCUUCAGUGGUGCUUGAACCAUGU